AUGCUCGCCUGGACACCUUCAGCUUCGCAAUCUCCGCACGCCUACAUGCCGUCGCGCUCUUCGCCCCUCGCCCCCCGACACUCCAAUGUCGUGCGCCCGCCCCUCGCUCCCACUACGAACACCAGCCACAACAUCUUUGCGUUCACCAUGGAUCCGCCGUCGAAGCCUUCAGCUGCAGCUCCACCGCAACGCUCCGUGAAGCCAAACCCAUUGAUCCAGCGAACGGCUGGCGACGCAGGUAGAGAGAGGCGGCGCGGCAUGUUCCUGAAGAAGGUCGCCAACGACCGGGACGAACGGCGAUGGGCUGGAAGGGCUGAACAGAUUGAGCGUCUGGACCAUAUGAAGCAGCAAAAGCGCUGGCAGCAGCGACUUGAGCGGUCGGCGCCCCAAAUUUCAGAACCGUCGGACGACGAUGAAGAGGAGCCCGACGAGGAUGUCGAGAACCGUGAUCCGAUGCUCGGCAGCAGCCAAACGACGGUGACCGGUGUGCCGAACGUGUUCAACAACUAUGUGCGCUCAUCACCACUUCAGACUGUUUGGAGCCAGAACUCGGAGGCUGAGGUCGAAGCGGUUGCGCAGCAAGAAGAUGAGGAGCUGGACGCCUUGUUGGCGAUGAUGGAGGAGGAUGAGCGGCGCGCAAAUGCCUACGGCGAGGGUGCUGCGAGCCAGCACUUUGGUAGCGACGACGAUGAGUACGACAACAUCUUCUCGGAGUAUCUUGCUGCACAGCAAUCGUCCCAGCCAGCGCAGGACGACUACAUGAUCGAUGACCAUGACUACGACGCCAUGGAUAUGACCGGCUGA